AUGGCCUCUAUCAAAAAAGUUCACAUGAUUACCAAAAUUGUUCGCCUUAAACAAGUCGUUAAGCGAUGGAAGGACAACUCUCUUCGUCCUCGUUCCGUUCUCUCUUACUCCUCUUCCGAUUCCGACGAACCGGCGCAACCUGAUUUGAACUGCAACCGCCGCCGUACGCCGUCCGGUUCAUUGGCGGUUUACGUAGGGGUUGAUGAGAAUGAGCGGCGCCGGUUUGUGAUUCCGACUCGGUUUCUGAAUCUGCCUGUGUUCAUUUCGUUACUUGAUAAGGCGGAGGAGGAGUUCGGGUAUCAACCUACCGGAGGAUUGGUUUUGCCCUGUGAGGUUGAGUUGUUCUCGGAGAUUCUGAGUCUGCUUGAAAUUGAUGAACAGAGAUUCGGUAUUUUAGGGUUAGAUGAGAUUUUGAUGGUGAUUUCUGAUUCGGGUUUAGAUCAGUCUUGUAAAGAAGCUGCUUCACAUGGAUUUACUCCUCUGCUUCAGAAGGCUAGGGUUUAACCCGACCCGACCCGACCCAGUAUUCGAGGAGGAAGAUUUAGGUUUUAGGGUUUU